CCUCUCCCUCCCCCCCCUCCUCCCCUCCCCUUUUUCUUCCACGCGAGGCCUCGCUGGGCCCUGCAACCUUGUGGCUUCGUUUCCAUGAGGAUCCGGGAACCCUCCGCACUACACAUUGAGCCAUGAACCCCCUCGGAUUUCCCAACGGUCUGAACCCCAACUGCAUGCGGCCCGACCACGAUCCAUGGGGACGAAGCACACCGCAAUCUCAGCUUGACCCCUCCCUGUCCCUCUCGAAGCCCGUCAUCUUCCCCUCCAAGGAACCUCACCAAACGUCCGUCUCGCUGAAUCAGUCCACCCCAAUGGAGGUUGUCCCCUCCACUGGUCGUGGCAAACAACUCAAUAUCCCCGAGCAACUGUGUCUGGUCAACCUGUGUGCCGCUUCCAUGAUUGAUGAUGAUGCCCACGCCCAUCCCAAAAGCUUCUGGAUCAAAAUCGCCAAUAAACUCGAGUUGCGGACCGGUCGUCGCUAUUCAUGGCAGUCAUGUCGCCGCCGCAUUCAAACCUACGUGACCAAAUGGAACGCCUACUGGACUGCAUAUGAUGACGGUCGGACCUGUCCGAGCAUCGAUAUCCACGACGAUGUCUUCCAAGAGCUAAACAUAUGGCUGGAAAAGAACAAGGCCAAGCGUCGCUCGGGGCUGCCGCUUACUGGGGAGCAUUACGCCCCUCAGGCAUCGGCCGCUCUGGUGGCGAGGGUAGAGCCCCAAAAGAUCCCGGAACCUGUCCGAAUCUUACCCGAGCAGGGCUUGGUGCAGCAGUCAACGAAGCUGGAACGUGUCUGGGUCUGGCUCAGAAGUCUUCCGCACUCGGAGGAGAUGGAACGCAUGGUAGCAUGGGCGGGAGAGGCGACGAACCCGGUUAUCAACCCUGUGGAUGAGGCAUUACUCCUCUUGAAACGUCGGCGACUUCGAUUGUCUCAGAAGAUGAAGCCCGGUGAACAACAGCCAGAUGCUGGCGCAGGCGAAAAGCCCAUUAUCGCCCAGGUUCUUUCACCUCAACCGUCUCCUGCACUACAGGAUUUCUCCACGGGGAAUAAGAGGCCUCGUGAAGCAGAUGAUCAUCUUGCCGAGCGUCCCGCUCGGCGUCUCCGGAUGGAUCCUGCGAGCCACCCUUCUGGCAGUCCCCCUGCCGAGGAAUAUGUGGACAACGCCCAUCUUAAGAGAAAGCUCGUUGAGACCUACUUCGAAAGCACAUUCGGCAAACUUAUUGACCGACUGUCGGCUCGCUUCCGGAGUCAGGGCGCAAAGCAGCAGGACUCCCCUGGGAGCUGCGAAGCCAUCAUGCGCGAUCUGUUCAAGGACGUCGGGGUGGCCGUUGCCAAGGCCUUGAUCAGAAUGGACGAACCCACGAAUCAAGAACAAAUAAUGCAUAAUUGAGCACAUAUUAACCGUUUAGCGAUUCCAGCGUCUAUUUCAUUGGGUGGUUCUGUCAAUUUUCGUUUACUCAUUUCUAGUCUUACGCCCUUCUCUUCUAUCUGAACUUACGUUGUUUGGAACGUCUACUCCGUCUGAUUGGGUUGCUUGUGUACUGUCGUCGUUCUCAUGAGCAUCAGAUUGCCCUAGAGAUACCCUUUGCAUUGGAGCUCGGAAGUUAUGUCUUAUGUUGGUCACUAUUUGAUAUACCUAGUUUGGAAAUUUUGGAUUUUCGCAUCCUCGCAUAUAUAGCAUGCAUAGAAUGAAUAGAAUGGACAAAUUUGGCUUU